AUGUCUGCUAGGAAUAAUAAUAAUUAUGGUACUCUAAGAGAUGUUAAUGAUGGUAAUAUACAACCAAAUAGAACGGUUAUUAUGACAGUACAGCAGAAUCCUUGGCUUUACAUAUGCACGAUAGUUUCAUUUCUUAUUAUUAUAGGUUUAAUAGUACCUUUAGUAAUAUAUGUGCUAAAAUAUGAGCAUUGUAAAGCAGUGCAGCCUACAACAACAUCAACAACGAUCACUUGCAUACCAGUACCAAAUAAUGGUCUGUUGUAUGGUACAAAUAAUCCUGUAACAAGUUUAACUUAUAAAUAUUAUUCAUUUUCAUAUUGUCCAACAUCAUUAGCAGCAAUAUUAACAUUUUCAUUAAGAAAUUAUCAAUCAAAUUGGUAUUUAGAUGAUAUUAAUAUGUAUACCGCACCAAAUAAUAGAACACAAGGAAUAGUAAAUGGCGGUUUUGAAUCCGGUAGUACAUUAGGAUGGGAAAAUACCGGUUCAUGUAAAGGUACAAUUGGUACUGGCACAUUUGCUCAUAGUGGUAAUCAUUAUUAUUUCUCUAAAUGCAGUCCCAAUAUUGAUUAUCUAUCACAAAACAUUACAACAAUUAAAGGACAACUAUAUUAUCUUGAUUUUUGGUUAUAUACUGAAAAAUCUAAUGUUACUAACACAUUAUUAAAUGUAACAAUUUUAUCAUAA